GUGGGCGCGAGGGCGCUCUCCGUGGCGGGGACCCCCCCUCUCACCUCGGCGUACUCGCCGAGGCAGGCGGCCCCCAGCCUCGGUUCCCCGGCGGGAAUGUGUUGUCCGAGGGCCUGUCUCGGGCGCAGGGCUGGGGUGAGAUGCUUGCGGAGGGUCCCCCCCGGCCCGGAGCCGAGGGAGCCGCGCGGGGGGUGCCAGGGUAAGCCAGAGGCCCUGGGGGCCGGCCCCGCCACUGCCGGCGAGCACGCUUAGACCUCCCCGCCCCGGGCGGAUGACGGAGCUCCCCUGUUGUGGCUUUCCAGGCUCAGAGUUCGAGCUGCUUGGCCCUACAGCCCACUCAGUUUCCGAAUGAGACUGAGCUCGGGAGAGGCCAGGUGACCCUUGUCAAGACCGUGCAGCUGAUGAAUUGUGGGGUCGCGCCGGAAUCCAGGCUUCCUGGCUCAGACAGUGCUCCUAACACCGUUUCGCGUUACAGGUUCAUUCCCACUCUGGGCGGUCGCUCUGAUGUCUUUCCAACCUUAAGCCUCAUGAAGAUGGGUCUUACUGUUUACCAGGCCUGCGAGUUCGGUUAUCAGGAUCACUUUCUUCCCCAGGGUGUACUCCAGAUCUCCAGAUGCCGGCCUGUGGGGUUCAACAGAGGAUGAGUCCUCUGUCUUUCUGUCAUCAGUAAGCCACUCUUCCCACCUGCUCUGCCAUCCACUGUCCUCAUGUCUACCUUACUCCUCAAUCUGGAUUUUGGUGAACCUGCCCCCAAAAAAGCAUUUGAGGGGAAUGCCAAGCACCGCAAAUUUGUCAGGAAGCGGCGGCUCUUGGAACGGAGAGGCUUUCUGAAUAAGAAGAACCAACCCCCGAGCAAGGCGCCUAAGCUGCACUCAGAACCUCCAAAGAAAGGGGAGACUUCUAGCGUGGAUGGCACCUGGAAGGUCUCUCCCCUUCCAAAAAAGAAGACCGUUGCCUCCAGCAAUGGACCAGAGCAGUCCCCGGACAAGAAGGCUGCAGUGCCGUGGCUGACCCCUGCCCCUGCACGGAAGGCCGGGUCUGCAGUGGCUAAGGUGGAUUUGCUGGGGGAGUUCCAGAGUGCCCUUCCAAAGAUUAGGAGCCACCCAACUCGCCCCCACAAGAAGGGCCCCCAGAAGAACCCUACUCAGAAGAAUGCCCCACAGAGCUUCUCCCAGCCUCAUUCAGACAAUAAAUGUUCCGGAGCAUCCCUGAAGAUGCCAAGGAAGAUGGUGGCCAUUGACUGUGAGAUGGUGGGCACAGGACCCAAGGGGCACGUCAGUUCCCUGGCCCGAUGUAGCAUCGUCAACUACCACGGAGACGUGCUUUAUGAUGAGUAUGUCCUUCCCCCCUGCCACAUCGUGGACUACCGGACCAGAUGGAGUGGCAUCCGGAAGCAGCACAUGGUGAAUGCUACCCCUUUCAAGAUCGCCCGGAGCCAGAUCUUGAAGAUCCUCACAGGGAAGAUAGUGGUGGGCCAUGCCAUCCACAACGACUUCAAAGCCCUGCAGUACUUCCACCCCAGGUCCCUCACCCGCGACACCUCCCAUAUGCCCCCUCUCAACCGGAAGGCCGACUGCCCGGAGAAUGCCACCAUGUCCCUGAAGACUCUCACCAAGAAACUUCUGAACCGGGACAUCCAGGUCGGGAAAAGUGGACACUCCUCCGUGGAAGACGCUCAGGCCACCAUGGAGCUGUACAAGUUGGUUGAAGUCGAGUGGGAACAGCAGCUGGCCCAGAAUCCCCCAAAAGACUAGCGGCAGCGGGGGCGCAGGGGACACAGGAGAGCCGGCCGUGGACCGUGAGGGAGAUGGAGGCUCCGCCCCAGGCUCAAUAGUCAUUGAAGUUUCACCUCAGGUGUUGUGUCGUGUGUCUGGUUAAGUGUUCCGAGGAAGGAGGAAGGCUCCGCGUCAGAAGCAGCCCUCCACUGUUUACCUCUUACACGGUGCUAAGCACAGGUCCCAGGGUGCGGGGCUCCCACGGGCCUUCGGACCUUCACGGGGCACCCUGGGCAGUGUAGUUUCCCAAGCGGCAUUAUCCCCGGGAGGCCACAGGUCCCAUUGUAUGCCUUUUGUUCUCAAGUAAUUAGCAGCAUCCUCUUUCGCUCUCCAAAGUACCCUGGUUGGAUGACAGCAUAUCCCAGACUCCGCUUUUGGCUCAGAGUCUCCAUCUAGUCUGUGGUGGCCUGUCGCCCAUCCUUCCCACCUUGACCUCCAGAGGAUCCAUCCUGGGGGAGGUUCAGUUCCCCUUCGGGUUACAAGGCAGUAGAGGUAAGAGCGUGACUUGGAAAUCAACUUUUCUGGUUUAGGAAAGCAGUCUCUCUCGUAAAGUAAUAGAAAAUUUAUUUAAUUUAGAUCCCCCUUGAUAGGUUAAAAAAGAAUUUUAAGCAUUUUCAUGGUUUUUAGUGUUUUACUUUGUUAAACCAAAUCUCUAAAGACUCAAAUUAUUCCCUCGAUAAAUGUUUGUAACGGAAGAACUUUUAAUUGUGCGCUCCUGUUGUUGUUAUUUGAACUUUACAUUAAAAAGCUUUGUCAUGAGGA